AAUGCAUUUGUGUAACAAAAUCUUAAUCAGCUGCUACUCUUCAUUAAAUAUGAAAUAGAUCAACAACAAACCAGCACAUUUGCCUGCAACCAAUGAAGUUAUUGACCGCAUUUAGUUUUGGUUGAUGUAGGAAAAUGGCAUCAGCAAAACUUGCUACAAUUUUUGUCUCUUUUUUGAUUUUUGUGAAAUAUGAGUCUUCAUCUCUUGAUAGUGUCUCAAUUCACACUCACAGGACAAUUCUCCAAUUUCCAAUCUGUUGGCUGGGUAUACCGAUCACUGGGCAAAUCAGUGACUAAAGGAUGCUCUGGUUCUGUGUCAAACUGCACCAAUGUUCAGAUGGAGUCUUCUGGCGGACAGUUCACCUUCAGAUGGACAUAUCCCAGUGACCACUCGACUGACGGAAGCAAAUACGCUGUGACAUACCAGCAUGUCCAAGUGACCCAACUUCUGCCAAACGGAAGUGACAAAGACUAUGCUAUCGUGUGGAAUGAUCGAAAUAUGGGACCAGAAGUCAGAGAAGUGACUUUCGAUGGGACUAUCAUGAACAGCUGGAACAACUACAAAAUACGCAUUACCAGAUUGACAAAUUACCUGCUCGUACUUCACUGGGAAAAUGGAGACUAGUUAAAAACCUGAAUCGAUUCGUUCCAAGAUGUGAAAGUGAAAAUCCGAACUUUUUGCAUGUUUUCGUCG